AUUUCAACACACAAUUUCCUGGCAUCCCUUCCGGUAGUGUUGCUGUAGCAUAACACUUUCUAUCGUCCUGAUCAUCCUUCGGCGGCCCUCUCUCCCUUCGGGUGGCUCUCUCAAUCGAACUCGUCCCCCACAACAACAACUCCAACAACACCAUCAACAACGGAGCAUCCGCCGCAAUCCGCACGCCUCGGACGCUUCAGUCAAGGUUGGUCGCUCGUCGCGAGCGGAACUACUCCCCCCCUGGUAAAGGUGUGCGCGUAGCUCGUCCCGUCCCACCCCCCCGAGGGGGUGGACCCCCCACGUGGCGGGGCGGUCAGGACAUCGGUCGUGCGUGUAUGCACGAGAUGUGUUUGUAUGUGUGUGUGUGUGCGUGCUCGAAGCAAGAUAAUGGAAAAUAAAACGUCCUUUGGCGAGGGAAAAAAGUGCAACGCAAGUGUGUGACACCACUCUGGGAUGCUGUGAAGAGGCGGAAGGAAGAAAAAGAAGAGUGCAGUGCUGGUUGGGAAAAGUUGGUUUGGGUGGAAAAUUUUCUCGUGGGAAGCACAACAGCUGGUGGCAAAACAGCGGAACGAGAGCAAGUCGGAAAAAAAUCGGCGAAGAAGCGCUCCGGAAGUCCUCGGGACGAGCUACGCGUCACUAUUACCAGAAACAGGGGGGGACCUUGUCGAGAGAGAGAGCUUCUUGGGAACUUUUUUGGGAAAAUCGAGGAAAAAUCCACGCCGAGGAAAAUCUCAGCAGAUCUGCCUGCAGAACAAACAACCGCAUCACCAACAACAACAACAACAUUUGACUGUGUGUCGUCGUCAUCGUCUUCGGAGGGUGUCCACCCUCCAGCCCCGGUGAGCCUGCCCCGCAACCCCCUUUUUUAAAAAGCUGUGUAAAGUCAGUUGUCAGUGUGUGUGCCCGCGCGCGCGUGAGGUGGAAAAACUCCCUCCCCCUCAGAGAAAGGAAAGGAAGGGGAAAAAAACUCGCCGAAAAAAAGAAGAAGCAGUAAAAUCGCGAUGAACGAACUCAUCGUGCUGAACGUGGGCUACUCGGCCAUGGAGGAGCAGGACCAGAAGGUCGAGGGGGAGCUGGAGGUGAUGGUGGCCAACUGCACCUGCACCCUGAUCAAAAGCCACGAUUGCAACAUCAUAGUCGACACUAUGACCCCUUGGGACGGCGAUCUACUUUUGCAAAGACUGCAGGAGCACCGGCUGGCACCCGAUGACAUCAGCUGGGUCGUGAGCACACAUGGACAUUCCGACCAUCUGGGGAAUAAUAACCUGUUCCUAAAGGCCAGACACAUCGUAGGAACUAAUAUAUCCCAGCGGAAUCGUUACUUCAUCCAUGAUUUCACCAGUGCUCCCUUCCGCCUGUCGGACACGAUCGAGGUGCUGGCCACGCCGGGCCACACGCUGUCCUGCGUAUCGCUGCUGGUUCGCAACUGCACCGUCGCACCAAACGCCGAUGCCGGUGACAUCCCGAACGCCCCCCAAACGGUGGCCAUCGUGGGCGAUCUGUUCGAGCGCGCCGAGGACAUCGCGGACGCGGCCCUCUGGCUCGAUGCGGGCAGCGAAGAUCCGGCCGCGCAGCGGCGCAACCGGGCCCGGAUGGCCACCCUGGCGGACUACAUCGUGCCGGGGCACGGACCGGGCUUUGCGGUGACGGGGGAUGCUAGGGCGGCGCUGAAUGCGCAGCAGGUGGGGGACGCCGCACAGUAACUAGGUGGCGGAAGUUUUGAACACUCUUAAAUGAACAUUGUAAUCGAGUUUUUUCCUAGAUUAGUUGUUGGCUUGCGUUGGUUUUUUGAGAGAAAUUAAAAAAAAUGCUUACAGAAUUACAGUUAUUGAGGAAUAUUAUUACAAUUGAAGAGAAAAUAUUAAAUACGUUAUUAUGAUUACUGAAAACAAAGCAUUUAAGUCGAGUGAAUUCAAAUAUUUGAAAGGCAUGAAAUGAAAAGAGCACACAUUACUAGAGUUACAUUGGUUUGUUAGGUAAGCAGUUGAACUAUCACGAAAGCUAGGUUUGUUACAGAGUGCGCAAGAAAGUGUUUCAAUUUGCUUUAUUACAAAUAGAGGAAAAUAGAAGAGUAAAAAUGACAUGAGUUUGAUUGCAAUAGCCUUCGUUUAACGGUUUGUAUUUGAUAUCAGCUACAAGAACUUUGCUGGACGCAAGUCCAUGCGAGCAAAUCACACAAGAAAAAUAUAUUAUGAAAAAAAAGAAACAAAUAUUAAACGUGCACGAUAUUAAUACGCAACUUUAUGGUCAUACAUGUAUGUUAGUGGAAUUAGAGUUUCAAGUUUCUUAACAAUUAUGUAUUUGUGACAUGGUAAAAAAACACACGUAUUACUGGAAGAAGAAAAAACAAACAAUACAAACAACACAAUGUAGUAGUUUUAAAUGUUCAAUCUUUGUUCGAGAAGGAAGAAACCAGCAGAAACAAAAAAAAGUAGUUCUACAACUGCAGUUGAACGGUACCAAUUUCCCAACAAAAUGGUUGUGCUGAAAUAGAACAAGAACAGACCACACACAAACACUAGUAGAGAACCAGUUUUGGACGCCUCCGGUUCGGUAGGAACCGGCAGGUGGCCGUGCUUCAAGAAAACAGAAACAAAAAACAACAAAAAUGCCAAUGAAAGCAACCACACACACAUUCACAAGCAAAAACGUAAGUAAAACUUAAAUUAUAAUUGUUUAUUUGUUUAGAGUAUAAUGUGAAAAAAAAUCACACACAUACACAUACAAAAAAAAUACAUCGUUUAACUCACACACGUGUGCGGCUCGCGACGCACACCAGCCCGGUCGCGGUCGCACACCCAGAGCUGUGACAAGCAGCGACACUUUCACACUAUUUGGAUCUAACUCGAUUUAAAACCGGAGAAUAAAAUCAGGCUAGAGAAAGAAAGAAAGUAGGAAAAGGAAACAUCUGGAAUGGUAGCAAAACGAAAUUGCUAAACCCAAAAAAAAACUUAGCUUUAAGAAACCAAAACAAAGCAAGAACUAAUCAAUGUUGUUAAAAAAAGAAAUCAAUGUUUAGGUGGAAAUGAAAAAAAAACACUUUAAACAAGCAUAACUCAUCGUACGACACUGAAAAAAGUUGUCACCCAUACUGCAAAACGUUCAUCGCACACUAAAUAUCAACACACACACCUUCUUCGCCGCGAAGAAGUCAUUGAAACACACACACACACAAACUUUAGCUGGUAAGUAUAACCUCAUGCAAAACACUGGUAGAAUCCCCCCCCAUUUGCGUGGCCACGUGGUCCACGUGGUUCGCUAGGAAUCCGGCACGUGGUUCUCGCGAGGGGGAGGCAAAAAUCAGUCAAGCAUAGAACCACAAUAAAAUGACUUGAGCAAAAUAUACAGCAGCAUGCAGCUGUAUCUUUUACCCGUAGGCAAGAUAAGGUUUAUAAUGAUUAUAAAAUGGUAAACAUUGUAGCUUUAAGAAGUAAUUUUAAGCAGCAGCAGCAUGACCCUUAAAAGUAAGCAAAAAAAGCAUUGUUCAUAUUUUGGAAGAGUAUGAAUAAUGCAAAAGAUACGAUUAAUGAGACGCAGUAGUCUUGUUGAAAUAAUAAAAUGUUAUUGAUUAAAUAUAUAACGGCAAACACACAUCAUAUGGAUAUUCAAGUUGAACUAUUGAUAUGCUUUACAUAAAAUAAGCAGCAGCAGCAUGAUUCAUUAAGAGAUAUUAAUGAAUAGUAAUGUAAGCAAACAACUAUGAACAAGUAAAAUGAGAUAUAUUAUCCAACCAAAAAAAAAAACACAUAAAAUAUACUAACCAACUUCACUGUAUCAAUAAAAAAGAAAAAAAAACAGGCAAAUGUAAGCGAAUGAUUAAAUCGACGAAAAAAAAAAACAAUUUAAUCCAAGCAACCAAGCAAGCAAAAUCACUUCCCCAAGUGAAACCCCAACAUUGCUUCUCUAGAAACGGAAGCAGCAAAGUUAUAUCAAAAAGGCAACCAGAGAAUAAAAAAACACA